ACACAAAGAGACCAACAACUCACAGGGGAAGGACGAUAAGAUAAACUCUGUGAAAACGCUUUAAACCACAACAUGGCUGAAGCGAUUCACCCCCGCCCCAACGUGACGACCGAGGUCAGGACCACACGAGGAGAGGGAGAGGAGAGGAUAGUGGACAUCUUGGUUUGUCCUGAGAGCCUCGGAGAUCAACAGAAGCACUCUGUGGGGACAGAGGAGUCCUCCAAGUCUCUGGGAACAGGAAGAAGUCACGCUGUGAGUCCUCCUUGGUGUCCGAUCAGGGCUGUGGUGGUGCUUCUGGGCCUGCUGUCGGUUAUCCUGCUGGCUAGACUGAUUGGGUUGGCAGUGCAACACAAGAACGACAUGGACCAGGUUCUCCUUACGCUGAAGAACUUAACAGAACAGAGAGACGCACUUCUUUGUCAAGAGGACUGCCCAAAUACUUGGGAUAAGUUUCGUUGUAAGUGCUACAGGAUUUCCACUGAGUGGCUAUCCUGGAAUGAGAGCAGGGAGUUCUGUGUUUCCCAAGGAGCAGAUCUGCUGGUGGUGGACAAUAAAGAGGAGAUGGACUUCAUUAGCAAGGCCACCUUAUACCACGACUUCUGUCUCGGAGCGACAGAUGAGGCCGGAGAAGGAAUGUGGAGAUGGGUUGAUGGGACCGUCCUGCCACUGGAUGACCCCUCCUGGAGCAGAGGGGGACCUGUUGGUGUGUGA